UAACAGAAAGUGACCCAGCAGGUCCUGUCUCUACACUGUCAGAUAGCUCUUCUAGUUCCUCAUCUCAUGCUUCAUCUGCUGAAACCAUAAUUCUCUCUUCUCCGGAGAACCGUGGGAGAUCACAACAGUGGCCAUCACCAUUUGAAAUUCCAGAAUUUGCUUAUGAUACAGAGCUGAUUCUCGAGUCUGCUAAUGCUGCAUUUAGAAAGGAUGGCACAUGUCUGAACAAUCCAAGCAUCAAGUCUGAUAUUCUUGAAAAACUGGCUGAAAGGAUCUACCAAUUUUGUGCAUAUCCAACCAGUGAGCAGAUAUGCAAUGUUGCUGAGGCAUUAAUACAAAAGCAUCCAUGCUUGAAGGAACCAGGUUCAUUCUCUGGGUUGUAUGGAUGGCAAACAAGGCUAAAGUAUAAGAUGGGAAAUUACAGGUCUAAAUUGAGAAGACUGGGAUGUCCAGAGCUUGUUGUCAACUCUGCCUCCAGCAAGACAGCAGCGGCGAAAGAUGUCAAAAAGCCACGUAAAGCAGAGGUUAAUUACCUCCCCCCAUACCCCACUGGAGAAUCCAAACAAACUCUUGAAAAGGAGAGGGUAGAUCUUCUCAGUGAGGUUAAGAAGAAAAAUAAUCAGAAGACCAUAAGUGAGAAGAUGUCAAGAACAUUUUCACAUCGAAGACAGGAAGUGGUGAAUGAAAACCCUGCCAUAGAAGAUCUUCUUCAUAGAUGGCCAGCUUUGUUUGAUGCUAUUCAGAUAAAAGAAGAAUUCAAAAGAAUUACAACCAUUGAGCUGGAAACAACAUUCAUUGCAAAUUUGGACAAGCACACAGUGAGGCUCCUGUCUUUGUUCUCUGCUAAAGGAGGUGCUGCUGGACGGAAGAUGGGUCAACUUCUGGAUCUUUUGAAGCAGGAAGAGACUACUGAAAUGCGCCGAGAUGUGGUGAUCCGCUGCUUAAUAGUGUACUUCUCCGAAAGUGUAGAUGAUCUUAUUAAGGAUUACCAUGGUGCUCCAUCUGAUGAAGUAAAAGAGGAUCUUGCACAGCAUACAAUCAAAAUUGUCACCAAAGGUGGUUCUACGGAGGAUGACCCGUUGGAUGUUGGGAUUGUGCUGGAAGGCAGAGAAGUACUGUCUGGGUUGUCCAGUGUUGCAAGGGCGUGUGCCUUGUUACUAGGUCUGAUCUAUGCUGUGAACCUUAGUUACCCCAAACAACUCAGGUACACGUUUGAAUUUUGUCAAAAGAUGCUGUUAGAACUGGACAGUGGGAAACUUUCACCAAAAGUGCACGCACUGAAGUCCAAGUUGCUGAGUUAAAUGUGUGGAUAUCAGUGUCUCAAAAGAGGUAUGUGCAAGUUGCUAAGCAGUAGGUCUCAGGGACUUUUGUUUUGUGUAAAGUGAUGCUAUUUUUGGCUAAUGACAUGUUGUCAUGUUGUAAUAUUGAAACAUUGUCUUGACUACAACUUUCAGUUUGUUUUAUGCACUUUAUAGGCUAACAGCAGUGAAAAAAAAAUUUAAAUGGAUUUUCUUUAGUUUUGUAUAACUUGCUGCAAUUUAUGGUCACUGAUGUUGUUGGCAUAUUCUAAUGACAGUGUUGUCUUUGUAAGUGUAACUGUAGUUCCCCC